AUUGUUUUCGGUAUUUUCUGAAUAAAGCAUAUCGAAGUUUGACAGACCCAUUAACAUGCUAACCACAAAACAGGAUGACACUUUUUGAUCCAAUACCCUGGGUUUUUUAUGAUGUGGGCAGCAAACGAUUUUGGGUUCACUAUGGUCUUGUUAUUCUGGGAUUUCUCCUCAGUGUUAUCACAGCCAUUGUCCAAUGGAAAUCUCCGGCUCCUUAUGGAAAGCACCAAUCACAGGAAAAUUCCUGGGGCUUCAUGAUUCCUCAGAGACUUUCCCACAUACUCUCAGAUGGACUUCCAGGCAUCGUGUUAUUUCUGUUGGUGUUCUUUUUGUUUGGCAGUGUGAGAGGCUAUGCUAAUUAUGUAUUCCUUGCUAUCUUUGUCGGACAUUAUUUCCACAGAGGUUUGAUUCACCCACUGAUAAUGCGAUACCGAAGUGCUUAUGUACCACUUGGAAUAGCCCUUGGAGGAAUGUUCCCAAAUUGUUUAUAUCAUUUCAUAAAUGCAGAUUUUAUUAGUUCUGCAACCUAUAGCUGGAAUUAUUAUUAUGACCCUCGAUUUAUUCUUGGGCUUUUGCUAUUUAUUAUUGGUUUUGUUAUCAACCGAUGGGCUGACUGGAAGCUUAGAUCUUUAAGAAGUAUGGACAGUUAUGUCGAAGGAUCACAAGAAUAUUUAAUCCCAUAUGGAUGUCUGUACGAGUUGGUAUCAUGUCCAAAUUAUUUAGGUGAAUUCAUUCAGUGGAUUGGAUGGUCCAUAGCAACAUGGUCUCUCGCUGGAGUAGUGUGGUGCCUCUUUACUGCAGCAACUUUCUUCCCCAGAUCUAGACAUAAUCACUUGUGGUAUAAACAACAGUUUGAACUUUACCCACCUGACAGGAAGGCCUUAAUUCCAUGGUUAUUUUGAGAUUUAUGUCAAAUUUACUCUUUUUUUUUACAAAAUAUUAUUUUUUAUGUCACUGUAAACAACUCUGAGACGUUACUUUGAGUAAAAAUAUUAUUUUGUAUGCUGUUUUGUAUGUCAUUCUGAAAAAUUCUGAGACACUACUUUGCUUAAAAUAUUACUCUGAAUGUCAUUGUGGAUGUGUAAUAAUUUAUUUAAAUGUAUUUCUCUCAAUGCUAUUUCUUUAAAACGCCAUGUACUGUUAGGAAUGGAAAUAAAAUGUAUUUCAAAGAUUGUCAUUUCACUGAACUCCAUUGAAAAUGUAUCACCCAAUUUUCAGUUUAUCACAUGCGAGAGGUUACUAUAAAAUACACAAUAACCUCAAACUACACAGAAUCAGUUAAAUGCAUUACUUUUUUCUUCUCAUAUCCUUUGUAGAAUUAAAAUCGGACUGGUGCGUUUUCAUUGGAAUUUAGUAUAUGUUACUUUUUAUUCUACUAUACAUAAAUGAUCAGGGCCCAAUUUCACAAAACAUCAUAAGACUAGUUUUGCACUAUGCCUAAACAACAGUUCAUAUUAGUCUUAAAAGUACAACAAAUAUAAUUUGUAGUACAUAUAUUUCAUUUUCUUUUGCCCUUAAAAUGCUCCAUAUUCCAUAAUGAUGAAAUUUUCUGCGUGAAAUAGAUGCCAAACACAUGUAAACUAUGACCGGUAUAACUGCUGGUCGAAGGCGUAAACUUAGUCAUUUGUGAAAUUGGCUCCUGUAACCUAUUUAUAUCUACAAAAUAUUUGUCCUUUUUUUUUUUUAGAUAAUAAUGAACAAAUUUAUGUUAACAUUUUUCUCAUUAAGUGUGACUUUCUACAUGUGUAUGUUUAAAAGGUCAAAAUAAUUGCAUGUCAUCCCAGUAAUAUACUUAAUUUAUUUUAUAAACUUUCUAUCUAAAUUGUUUUGUAACUUUUCAAGGCAAUAUACAUGUUUAUAUUCAUUAUCGUUUAUUUCUGAGAUUUGACUCUGUGUGUAUACAUUAACUAUGAGUUGAGACAUAUUUAUAUUUGUUUAUUUAUAAGAUGUUAAUUUAUAUACUACCUUGGUGCAGUUUUUCUGAAACAUUUUUACCUGACAUUAUUCUAAAAUACUAGAUAUAUACUCACGGAAAAAAGUUCCUGUGCAUCAUUAAAAUUUCAGUGAGACGUAUAUUUAUAAAAUUUUAAAAUAUUGUGUUUUACAUAGAUGUACUAUUUAUCUGUCAAAAGUACAGUGAUCCCCUCCUGUCUUCUGAACCUGAAAUACAGUCUACACAAUGCUUGUUGCACUGUCGGUGACGAUAUAACAGAACAACGUAUUGACCUCAUGUCAUGGUCGUACUUUGUGAUCACCUAAUCGGUUGCAUAAAGUUCUUCCACUGAUUGGCCUUGACACAGGGAUGUAUUGGGAUGUUAAACUUGUCAUUUCCAAAUGAUUCCACAUGUGUACCCACUUGAUAUUUACUAUUGGUUAACAUGACGUCACGUGUUGACUCACUAAACAUGGAAGAUUCCUAGUAUUCCUAAACUGUUGAGAACAUCUCCACAGACACUGCAAAGGUUUCUGAGGAACACCAAUGAACACCAAAAUGACUAGCAACAACGUUUGUGCCAUUCUAACUGCAAUCAUGCCCAUCUUUUCUUGGAGGCGUGACAUCACACUGACGACGAUUAGAUGCCAACAAAAGUAUUUUUCUGAGUGACGAGAAUGUAUACAAUAGUUUUAGUGACCAAUGAUAAGACAAAUGACGUCAAAGAGGAGCAUGUGACCAAGAAUGCUAGUAAUGCAACUUAUGAUCACAAAGCAUGAAUAGCUCGUGCAACUGACUGGGCACUGCUGGGAUAUGGAAGGAAGUGGUUACACGUUUAUUCACUGAAUUUUUUAUGACCAGAUUUCAAGUAAAUUAUACUCUAUAUGCAAUUAUUUGGUGCACAGGAACUUUUUUCCACGAGUAUAUAUUAAAAAUAAUUACCAAUCUCUUUGUGUUAUAUUAAAUUUGAAAAACAUUAUUACCAAUAAUACGGUAGUUUUGGGCCCAACUUUCUAUGCCAGGCCUCUAAAAAUUGUGAGAGCAAUCAUUUCGUUAACACAUUACUGGCACAAAUCUAAUUUUGCAUCACAUAAUUUUUGUUUGUGCAAAAUUUUGAAGCAUCAUUUACUUAUAUAUAACGGGUUACAUAAAAAGUAAAUGGGUUACCUGAAUUUAUUUCUGCGUAACCGAAUAAAUGGGUCACGCAGAUUUUCAAUUCUCAGAGACCUGCGUGGUCCAUGUUUUAGACAUGGGAAAUGGUAUUUGUAAAUUGCAUGACAUUCCAUGACCUGUAUGCAUCUUUACUUAAUGUAAUUGUCUUUAGUAUUUUGUACCCACCUAGACUAGUAUAGUAUUUAUGUACCAAGACCGCCAAAUACACUAGUAACUUGUGGAGCUUUUGUGAUUUUUAAUCACACUGUUAUAAACAAUUAACAUCUGCAAUAAAAGCAGUGAAACAACAAUAUUUGUUUUGUGAUAUUAUUGUGUAAGAUAUAAAAUACAUGUAUAACAAGACUAUAGCCAUCUCAAGUUGUAAAAAUAUGGCCAGGACAAAGAUUUCCUUUAAUAUGCAAUCAUGUGUGAAAAGUAAAUUAUGGUGACCUAGUCAUUGUACACAACAUACCGCCAUCUCAAGUUGUACUUUCAAACAAGGUUUGAUGACCCUUUAAUGAAUUGAUAAGAAAGAUAUGCUCUGGAAACAAAAAGGUUUAUGGACGCAUAGUGCCAUACCAUAAUACAACCUAUCAGAGAUGGGGGGUUUAAAAAUGCGUGAAAUGUAACAGUCGUUCCAUUUUUUUCACUUUAUAUAUAUACUUUUUUAAGGAUUAUUUAUUUUACAUAACUAGCAUAAAAUGAAUUCUCAGUAUAGAAAAAAUGGAGCAAAUCAGUUUGAUGUGAUAUGUGCUGUCCUGUAUGUUUCAAUCUAAAAGAUCCCUUGCUGCUAUUUGUUAGGAGUACCUUAUGUUGUGUGAACCAUGUUUCCUCUCUUGCUAUCUAAAUGUGUCGAUAUAACCAUAUAUUAAAUAUAAAUAGCCAUAGUUUAAAGUACACUGAGGCAUCAUGGAACAAAUAUUCCUUUCUUUAAUGAACAAGACAGUAUGUGUUGUACACUGCUAUAUCCACACCCCCUCCCCACGAUAAAGAGCUCACUACAUGUAUAUCUGAUAAAUAAUGGCUAUCGAGCAUUUCCACACUGUUGUAGGACAAAUACAAAUGUACAUGAUCCAGUAUGCAGGAACAAUUUUCUCGGGUAACAAAACAUUGGUAUAUGCUGCAAUGACCAUCACAAUAAUCUGAUCUAGUCCUCACAAAGCUUCACAAUAAAUUUACCUGUUGGUCUGGGGAAGGUGGCGUGGGCAGCAAGACAACUGGUGCCCCACCCCCCCCCCCCCCCCCAUCCAUGAGCUACUGUUUUUUUUAUUAGCAGCAAAGGAUCCUUCAUAUGCACCAUCCAACAGGCAGCCUUUGUCACACCAGUUGUGGAGCACUGGCUGGAACGAGAAAUAGCCCAAUGGACCCACUGAGGAGGAUCGAUCAUAGACUGAUCACACGUCAGUCAAAUGCUUUACCACUGGGCUAUGUCUUGUACCUCAAAUCGUCAGAUGAUUAUUUCCAGCGCUAUUCAGAAUAUCAAAUUCAGUGUGGAAUAUUAUUUUGAAUUCAUUCAACUAAAUUUUUAGUUUUUAUUUAAAGUGUUCAAAGAGAAACAAACAAAAGUAAAAUAACACAUAUAUUCAUGUUUUAGUUUUACAACUGCCAUUUUUCAAACAGUUAAACAAAAAGUUUUAAUAUGUGUAAAAUACUAUACAUUCUUCACUGAUUCAACAGAUUUCAUCACUCUUCCAUCUUCACAUACAAAUGAAAGUACAUUGUCUGAACUAGCACUAUAUAAACAUUUUAACUCUGCUUUAAGAGUUCACUGGUUUGACACUACCAGAUUCAACAUAAAACAAUACAACUUUCUAAGAAUUACUUUAAAUAUUCUGUGCAUCUAGGUAUUAUUUUUAUCUCUUGCAUGUCCUAAUGCUAGUUGCCAAAAUGCAAUAAAACAAUAUGCAUAUGAGCAGUACACACCUGCAAACUUGUAAGAUUGUCGUUUAUGUCUUGCUUAUAUUAUAUUAUAUUAUAUUCAGUUAAGUUUCGACAAAUUAUCCUGAGCACAUACCUCAACUAUUAGAGCUAGAAGUCAAUGGUUAACUAGAGAAGUGAGGGUUGUAAUUGGCUUAUAAUAUUACCCCAUUUAAUUCACCGGUAUUGGGAUCCAAACCUAUUACCUAACAGCUUCGAAACCCAGUAACUGAAUCAGAAUACACUUGAGGCCAGUAGAUGGCUGUUAUCUCUGUAUGUGACAGUGUAAAACUUAAUCAUGGAUAUACUCACACAUACAAUAUGUACAAAAGACAUCACACAUCAACGUUUCAACCAGGAUGCCCGUAACCCUACAAUUUUUACCCACCCCUCAUUUAAAGUUAUAGAAAUGCUUAUUUAAAAUGUCCCAGAAUCCAGCUACAAUUAAAUCUUCUGUGGAAAUACCCUUCUAUACCACCCCUAACAUCAUGUCCUUUCGUUAUACAUCUUACUCUGUAUUUAUUUAUGUCUGAACAAGUUUGGAAUUCCCAGAGACGAGACUGAAACAUGUAAAAGAUUAAAACAUAACUCAUAAGGCGUAGUUGUGGCUAUAUCACAUGUGCAUGAACAAUAAUCAAUAUUGCUCAUUUAUUUGUUGUAGCCUACAAAUGUACAUGAACACCCACAACAUUUUUCUUUAAAUCUACAUGUAUCUAUUAUUUACAUAACUUGUAGACAAUUAUAACCUACCAUUCAUACUGACAUUUUUGUCCGGGAUAGUUUAAGUUUACGUUCUGUUCCAUUAUUAUUCCAACAUAUUACAAUUUCACACUUUUAAUAGUCGAAACUCACACCAAUUGUAUAGGAAUAUAUAAACAUUAAAUCCAGCUAGUGUUGUAUAUUGUUAAGCCCAUGGCAUCCACUUUCUGUACUCUUUCUUAAUUGCCUCUCGAUCUUCAGGCACGGGAAGGUGAGGUUUUAUACCUCUUUUCUCCCUAUCCACUUUUACAUUCCGC